AUGGUGGAGGUAUCGUUAACAGUGGGUAAAUUGGAUGCCUCAUUGGCAUUAUUAUUAACCAAAGAUCAUCAUUUGAUUGAAUUUCCAACUAUAUUAUUACCAAGUGGAGUUAAAGCAGGAUCAAUUGUAAAACUUAAAUGUGAUCAAGAUUUUGAAAGCGAACAAGAAGAAUCAAAGAGAUUUGCUGCUAUUCAAGAUGAGAUUUUAACUACUUUUGGAACUCAAUUACCUAAACCUCCAGUGUUAAAGAUUAAAAAUGUAACUCAAACUUCUUGUGUUCUUGAAUGGGAUGCUUUAGAUUUAGGUACCGCUAGUUUAAAGAAUUUAAUCUUAUUUAAAGAUGGUAAGAAAUUAGGUGCUAUUCCUCAAGCAUUAUCCAACAAGACUACUAAAUUAUCAGGUUUACCAAUUGAUAAAGCAUUUGAAUUUCAAUUAAGAUUAGAUACAACAUCAGGUAUUUAUAAAUCUAAUACAAUUGAAGUCACCACUCAUAAAAUGACAGAUUUAUCAGGUAUUUCAAUUUGUCUUGGUGAUAUUUCUCCAAAUCAACAAUUUACAACUCAAGAUAUUGAAGAUACAUUAAAGAAUAUUGGUGCUAAUCCAAUUCAUGAUAAAGUUAGAGUUGAUACAACUCAUUUCUUAUGUACUAAAGAAAACAAACAAAAUCCAGAAUAUAUUAAAGCAAGUGAAAUGAAUAUUCCAAUUGUUAGACCAGAAUGGUUAAAAGCUUGUGAAAGAGAAAGAAGAAUUGUCGGAGUAAGAGAUUUCUAUGUUAAAGAUUGUGUGUUACCUGAUAUUUUUGCAAAGAAUUAUUGGGGCAAACAACCAGCUGCUCCACCAGCGGAAGUUGUUCCAGAAGCUGAUGCUGAAAUCACACCCGAAGAUGUAUCAACUCCAGUUAUACCAUCUACAGCAACUUUGGCUGUGGAUGACCAAGUUCCAGAAAUAAGAAUAGAACCAAGCACACCUCAACAAAUCGCAGAAGAACCAGAAGCACAAGUAUCACAAGAAGCUGUAGAUGAAGUAAAUGAAAUUGAACCAGAAGUUGAAACGCCAGCGGAGGGCGAAGCUCCUGAAGAAGUAGAAGUACCAAAGAUUGAAGUUGAAGAUGUGAAAGAAGAAGAGCCAGUUGAAUCAAGUGUACUCGUUAAAGAAUCUGAAGCUUCUGGAGUACCAGAUGCUGAAGAUGAAGUUAUUCCACCACCAGUUCCUGAAAAAGAGGUCAAGGUAGCAGAAGUCGAACCAGAAUCUACUGAAUCGGAAGCACCACCGGUACCUGAAAAGGAAGAUGCACCAGUAGCUGAGCCUGUCGUUGAAGUAGAAAAAGAAGAAGAAUCUGCUGCAGAACCAGUUAAGGAAGAAGAAAUAUCAACUGAAGCUCCAGAGAAACCAGUGGAGGAAGUACCAGAAGUGCCAGAAGCAGAUCUUGGAGAAAAGGGAGAAGAGGAGGAAGAAGGAGAAGGAGAAGAUGGUGAUGAAGCAGAAGAAGCUACACCUGAACCUGAAGGUUCAACAACCACCGGUAAUACUGCUAAGAAAUCAAAAAAGAAGAAGAAUAAGAAGAAGGGUAAAAAGUAG